AUGGAGAACUCAAAGCCUUGUGUUACCCCUAUGUGUCCUGGAUAUAAAUUGUUUGUUAAAGACAGUGAACCAUUCUCGGAUCCCACUCUAUACCGCAGUACCAUUGGUGCUUUACAGUACUUGACUCUCACCGGUCCUGACUUAUUGUUUGCUAUAAACAAACUAAGUCAAUUCCUGCAACAACCCACAUUAGCUCACUGGUCAGCAUGCAAACGAGUUCUUAGGUACCUCAAAGGUACUGCUACAGCAGAUUUACGCUUUACACCAACCUCUAGAUUCAAUUUGGAGGGGUUUUCAAAUGCAAAUUGGGCCUUCAACUUGGAUGACCGUAAGUCUACUAAUGGAUUUCUUGUGAAGCUUGGUGGAAACCUAAUUACUUGGGCCUCCCACAAGCAAAAAGUUGUUUCUCGUUCAAGCACCGAGUCAUAA